UCUUUUUUGGGUGAUAGAAACCAUUGUGGAUGGGGAUGUUAUGUGUAAAGCACAUUUAUGAUGGAAGAGACUUGGUGGCUUUUGUGUGUUUAAUCUGCAUGCAUCUUCUUAGACUGGUAGUAAUUGUUUAUACCUGUUUUAACCACUUCUGGGUGCGAGGAUAGGAUUUCAUAAUGAUUACUGUGUGUGUAUGUCCUGAAUAGGUAGAUAGUGUAACCAUGGUUUGGUGUUACCCUCAACCAGACCUCUGCUAUGCAGUGUGUGAAGUGAAGCCAGCCAACAUCUUUUUGAUAGGUUUGGUUGGUCAAGUAGCAACCGCUUCUCUUUUCCAAUAUACAAAUCAAUUAGUACUCUGCUGGUUAGUUAGUUGGCUUCUAAUAUUAUUCCAUCCAUCCAGGCAUCUUUCUGGAUGGCUUAACAUUUUGUGGAUUUACUCUUUGUAAUUUUUAGUUGCAUUUAUGUGUUAGUUGUAAUGGUUGUGUUUUUAUUUCCUUUGAAUCAAAAAAAAAUGGUUGUGUUUUUUGUUGUAUUGGCACUUCGCUUUUUUUCUUUUAUUGGAGUGGCAUUUGUUAACAAGAAUAUCAGUAUGUGUAUUACGAUUGAAAAAUGAUGCUUCAAUAUGAGAUUUAAGAUAAUAGUUAUGCUCUAGGAAAGAGGGGCACAAGUGAGACAAAAGAUGAGUCUUACAUGUACUGUUUGUGUUUGAGUUUUGCUUAGGAGGUGGAAAGCUUUUGGACCUGAGCAUGAUGCUAACGUUCUGAAGGAACAAGCUGCAUGCUUACUGGGCUUUGAACCUAUGAGGGAAGCAAAUACUUUGCAGUAAUUUUUUAUUCUAUCGUAGUGCUAUCUAAAGCUUAUGAGUUCUUAAGGAACAAACUGCAUGAGUUCUUAAGGAACAAACUGCAUACUUAUUGGACUUUGAACCUAUGAGAGAAGCAAAUACUUUGCAGUAAUUUUUUAUUCUAUCAAGUGUUAUCUAAAGCUUAUGAAUCCUACAGGAGCAAUCGGUAGCAAUUGUAGGCUCAAUUGUGUUGAGAAACCAUGACAUGAUCAGUUGAUUUGUGGCAUUCCAGUUAGUCAUCUUAGUAUCACUCACAUUGGGGAUUAGAGGCAGAAGACAACAUUGGACUUCUCUACGAAGCUUUUUGAUUUGAUGAUUGGCAAAGAGAUCAUUGGAUAUCUAUCUUAACUCCUUCGGACACAUAUGCUAACGUAGGAAAUAGAUGAUGGGCUUUGAUCCUAUCCAUUCCACAUAUGAUAUGAGUUCGGAGAUGGGGGUUGGGAGGACAAAAUGUUAAGCCACAAGUGUUGUUGAGCCACAAAAUGUUAAAGCCCAAAAUGCAGACGAAGCAACAAGUGUUGUUGAUUAAGCCUGAUCCCACUUCAUUUAACUACCCUUGAUUCCAGUUAGCUACGUAUACUAUAUGCCCUCAUUUUGUGUGCGAUGGGAUGGUCGAGUGUUGCCUUUUUAUCUUAUAUCUAUAUCCCAUUUUAUGAGAAUCUUUUGUGUACUUAAGCUUUCUCUUAAGAUAGAUUGAAGGAAUCUAAAAUGUAUUUAAUUAAAAAUAAAUAAAUAUCCUUAAAGUCAUGAUGUAAUGAGUAAUAAGAUGAUGUACUUUUGAAUCUAAUAUUCACAUUAUAUGGAAAAUUUAAUGUGUGUAGAUGAACUAUUUAUCAUUAAAAUGAAGCAAAUAACUUCUUAUGGUUUGUAAAUCAAAAGGUACAGUCAGAUUUUUUUGUUCAAAAUAUCGUAUUGUGGCUUUCAAGAAAUGUCCUGUUAAAUCAUAAGGGUUGAAGUAUAAUUUGUUCUAUAUUAUAAAAGGUGUUAUAUGUUAUCAAUUUUUUAUUAUUAUUUCUAUCGCAGUCGAGAUAAAUAUUCAUGAUUAAUUCUUUUAUUUGAACAUAAUUAUUAAAAAAUAAUGUAUUAUCAAGUAUAUCCCGAUGAUGUAAAAAAAAAGGAAAAAAGAUUGAUAUAUAAGAAUCAUCUAUAUUAUAUGUUGGGUGAUGAAGGCAUUUGCUCUAAAGUGUGUUGUGUAAAGAUGAAAGGUGAGGAAACUUGUGAAGCUCCUCCCUCUUUAGUCAUGUGAGUGCUAUUAAGUCCAUCCAACAAACAAUAUCAACAACCAAACAAGUCACUCACAAGUCAUACCGCUCCCAUUCAAUCCAUUCACGUUCCCAUAAUUCCUUCUUCAUCAACACUUCUUCUUCAUCACUAAACUCUCUCAAUCUUAACCCCCACCUCUCCUUCGAGCCUUUGAACCCCCUCUCUUCUUCUCUACACAUACAUUCACUAUCAGCCAAUGAAGGACUUGUCCUUGUUUCUCCUCAAAAACUCUCUCGGAUCCAAGAUGAGGAAAGGCUACAGAAGCUUCUGCAAUGGCAACAGCUCCACCUCCAUUCUCAACCAACGCAAAAAUGACAGUAGUGGUGAUGACUCCUGCUUGGCUGCCCACUCUCUGUCAGGAGAAACUCCUCCAACUCUGGAAGAGAUGAUAUUGCAGUUGGAGUUGGAAGAAAAAAUGGCCAAAACUGCCAAGCUCGACUAUCAGUUUGCAGAAACGCAUCGUCGAAUGUCAUGCGUCAAUAAUUCGGACAUCUUACGAUCUGCAAGAAACGCAUUAAACCAGUACCCCAGAUUCUCUCUCGAUGGCAAGGACGCCAUGUAUCGAUCAUCUUUCCGAAACUUGCCUCCCAUUAGCAGUUCCAACAAUGGGUACUUAAGAAAGGGAUUGAAAAAGGAUGGUUUUAAUUCAGAAUCAGAGAAGACACUGUCAUGUUUGCCUCCAACAGUAGCAGGAGAAAGUGUGGUUUGGUGCAAGCCAGGGGUGGUGGCUAAGUUGAUGGGGCUUGAAGCCGUGCCGGUUCCAGUCCGGAGUCACCGGAGGAGAGAGAAGUCGAGCUCUGUGAUUAAAGAGCAGAUUAAUCUGAGCAAGAGAGCUGAGAAACAAGAGAUGGAGAGAAGAAAACCGAUCAUGGGUUCGUGUUCAAAUACCGGAUACUGUGUUAUGAAGCCAAUUAAAGUCGAGCCGGCUGACGAUGGACUUGGUUGGCCAAUUCGACGUUUUCAGUAGAAAAAAAAAAAGAAAAAAAGUUUUGUUUAGAAACACUGAUGACAAAACUAUACUUGUAAGUGAAUCUCACACUUCUAUUGUAAUGAAUGAAUUCUAUGACUGGUUUAUUUGUUAAUAGAAAAACGGUUUCUAUAAAUGUUGGGAGGAGAUAGCAUAGUUUACUAUUUAGAAUUUUAGGAGUUGGUUGAGAUGGUCUAAAUAAGUGUAUUUUUUAAUUUUUUACUAAAAGAUGUACAGAAAAAUAAAAAAUUGUAGAUCUAUAUUUUACAUUUUAGAAGUAUAGAUCUACAUUUUAGAAGAGUAAGGUAGGUCAUCGGAGUGUCAUCGGUGUACUGCCGGAAAUCAUCUACAUAGAGAGGUUCUGCUC